CUGUCGUGGUGCGGCAUUGCCAGGAUUACAAUGCUCACCUAUUGUGUGAGGCUGGGACGUUAAUCCGUAUCGAUUUUCCGCCACGAAUAGGACUCACAGUCAACAGAUACACAAAGUCCCUUUAUUGUUUUGGACAAAUAGUAAACAGAAAGUGAGCUCGGCAAUGAAAUCGCCGACCGGGGACAGUACUACUGUGUCCGAUGACAUUAGGGCCAUUUUGACUCCCAAAAAGCGAAAGGCGAAGGACAGUAACAAUCAUCAUGUGGUGCCCCUAGGGAUUCUGGUGGUGCUCUGCACCGUCUAUAUUAUGGCUGCUGGGUUGCAGCGCAACUACAGAUACUAUUUCAGGUCGGGAGUGGCUGCCUAUGACCUGCCCCAAGCUGAAAAUCAAUCCGAGGAGUCCCCACUAGAGCCCAUGGAGGCGCAGGCAGAGCAUCACGAGGAGGCCUGCCAGAGAAUGGAUAUAUUUGGCGGAGAUGUGGAUGGAAAUAAAUCCGAGAGCCAGGUUUCUAAGCGGCCUCAGUCCAGACUUAGCAAGAGGAUCAAAAUUGGAGCAGGCAGCAAGCAUGCAAAGGCCAAGGCCCUGGAGAUCAGCCGCAAGAAGGAGGCGCCCAAGAAGAGCAACACGGCAGAGCCCAUCAUCUACCUCUUCGCCCUGGUGUUCAUUUAUCUUCUGCUAAAGGCCGCCUCCGACAUCAACCAGCACUACAAAUCGCAGAGCAAGGGCGACAAACGGCUGAGGCGCUGCUCCCUGCAGUCCUAUGCACAAAUCCACAAGCAAGACCGGCGGGCAUCAAAAGGUAUUUCACCAAAAACUUUGCCAAAAUUUUGAAAUCGAUGGGCCAGGUGCACGCCAUGUAAACGAGGGAACAAGUGAAUUGUUAUCCUAACCAAAUCUAAAUGUGUCUACUACUACUACCACUGUCUACUGCUACUAUAUGUACUGAGUUGGCCAAUUUUCUGUAAUGUAAUGCACUGUCGUCCACUCUUGUAUGAGAGCUCUGACUUUUCGGACUUUUUUCGGAAAAUGCAUCAAGUACUAGUAUUUAUAUCGUACCUCCAAUGUGCCUUUUUUGAUCUCUAUAUAUAUAUAUGUAUAUCUCUCUAUCCUAUAAUCGCACUUUUUCGGGUUUCGAAAACUCUGUUUAUAAUUAUUGUUUUUUCUAUUAAGAUGAGAUUACCCCCCCAAGUCCACAGUUGUUUACUCUCCUUUCACUUUUUUUCGUGAAACUGUACUGAAUGUAAGGUUGUAUAUAUCUGAAUAUAUAUAUAUUAUAUCUGUCCUAUAUGUGUGUAAUCGUAAAAUAA